AUGCAUCCUCAACUAGAGUCCAAGAGGUUUAACUCCUGUUACGAUCUGAUCGUUGCACUUGAUAAGUGUCACCAGAAAGAGUAUUACAAGAGGAUCUUUGGACUGUGUAACAAUGAGAAAGAUGCGUUGACUAAAUGUCUUCACGAUGCCAGACUGGCCGGGGAAAGAGACCUAAUCAAACAGAGAAGGGAGGAAAGGAAAGCUGUCGAGAAUAAAUGGAAGAAGAUUGAUGAGGAAGAGUACGGUGAAGAUGCCAUAUUAAAGAAGAUUCUCGAGAGGCAUCAGGCCAAGAAGAGCGUAUCGAGCAAGCCUGCCGAUUCGAAAUAG